ACGGACGUACUACGUAAACACAACUCUCGUAACGCGCGCAGCAGUUCUAGUUCGUCAGCUUCUGCUUCUGUUGCUGCUGCUUCCUCUUCUGCUUCUUUUACGUUACUUUCAACGCCGUUUUACUGCAGUUUUCACGUACGCUGCCCGGCCGUGCAACUGUAGCCGUAUCCGUAUCCGUGUGCCUCUAUACGUGUGUGUGUGUGUGUCUGUGUCUGUGCGCCACCCUGUGCGUGCGUAAUUGGCGCCCAUUUGUUUGCAGGCCGCGACGCGUCGACUAUCAGCCACGGCUCCAGCUCCAGUUCGAACUCCGGCUGCGACUCCGGCCCCAAACCCAAUCGCGCUAACGGAACCAGAGCCCGUCCAGCCGUUCAGUUGGCUGCUGCAAUUGCGCCAGCGACGUGCCGAACGCUGCUGACGUGCGAAUUAACUGGCCGCCAAGUCGAUUGCACGCUAAUUUGAAUGCCAAUCGAAGCUGCGCGCCUGACGGACAGCCAGACAGUCAGUCGAAUCGUCGACGUUAGUUUUACGUGCGUAUUGCGCCCACGCGUCUACGUGCGUGUGCGUGUGUGUGUCUGUGUGUGUGUCCGGGUCCAAGGAUAAUUGAAGACAGCAACUGACACGUACGCGUGCUCCAAUUUGCCAGACAGACAACAACACGCCGCAAAAAGGAUGCGUCGUUGACCUCCUGCCAGCCGGCUGCGUGUGUGUAUAUCUGUGUGUGUGUGUGUGUGUGUGCGAGAGUGUGUAAAGUGUGCCAAAACAAAACAAAGCAAACGCCUCGCACCCCCCCGACAGCCGCAAGUGCAAUACAGAUCUAUUGAAAAUGUGCCAGUGUUAGUUGAGUGCAAGUUAAGUGUUACGUUUAUCAGACAAAACCCUUUCGAGGACUACCGCAAGCCAAGUGCUAAAAUGUUGCCCUACCAGGCGGUGGCCAUGGACUAUGCCGGCUAUCAGCGGCAGCCCACGCCGGGUCAUCCCGGCAGUCACAUGGUCGGCUCGCUGGGCAUGUCGGCGGUGCCGUUCAGCCACUCGUGGAUGGUGCCCACCCAGGAUCUGUGCGGCAUGCCGCCCUACAACAAAAUGCCCAAUCAACAUCAGCCGGGCGCGCCAGGAAUGCACUCUCAACAGCAACCCAUCGAACCGGGCAUUCUGGAGCUGCGCAAGGAGAAGUCGAGGGAUGCGGCACGCUCGCGGCGCGGCAAGGAGAACUAUGAGUUCUAUGAGCUGGCCAAAAUGCUGCCGCUGCCGGCGGCCAUAACCAGCCAGCUGGACAAGGCCUCCAUUAUAAGACUGACCAUUAGCUAUUUGAAAUUGAGAGACUUUUCCGGACACGGCGAUCCGCCAUGGACACGCGAGGCGUCCAGCAGCAGCAAGCUAAAAAGUGCAGCCAUUCGACGCAGUCCCGCCGUUGAUUUGUUCGAGCAACAUCAGGGCACCCACAUACUGCAGUCGCUGGAUGGCUUCGCCUUGGCGGUGGCAGCGGAUGGCCGCUUCCUGUACAUAUCGGAAACGGUGUCCAUCUACUUGGGUCUGUCGCAGGUGGAGAUGACGGGCAGCAGCAUAUUCGACUAUAUACACCAGGCGGAUCAUGCGGAAAUUGCCGACCAGCUGGGUCUCAGUCUGACCAGCGGUACGGGCGGCGGAGGCGGCGGCGGGGGUGGAGGAGGUGGAGGGGGCAGCGUCAGCGGUGCUGCUGGCCUGGCCUCACCCACAUCGGGCGCCUCGGAUGACGGCAGCGGAACACACGUGGCCGCCUCCAUGACGCAGGCCUCGACCAGCGGCUACAAGGGCUACGAUCGCAGCUUCUGCAUACGCAUGAAGUCUACCCUAACCAAACGUGGCUGCCACUUCAAGUCGUCCGGCUAUCGGGCCAGCGAUGCGGGCAGCAAUUGCAACGGUAGCAAUAACAAUGGUAAAAAUGUUAAGAAUCCGGCCUCAAACUAUUCGGUGGUGCUGCUGCUGUGCAAGCUGCGUCCGCAGUACACCUUCUCGCACACACGCAAAUCGCAGCCUCCGCUGCUGGGCAUGGUCGCCUUGGCCAUAGCCCUGCCGCCGCCCUCGGUGCACGAGAUACGUCUGGAGUGCGACAUGUUUGUCACGCGCGUCAACUUUGACCUGCGCGUCGCGCACUGCGAGCCCAGAGUAUCCGAUUUGCUGGACUAUACGCCGGAGGAUCUGGUCAACAAGAGCCUCUACUCGCUGUGCCAUGCCGAGGACGCCAAUCGCCUGCGCAAGAGCCACACAGACCUGAUCGAGAAGGGUCAGGUGCUGACCGGCUACUAUCGACUGAUGAACAAGAGCGGCGGCUACACCUGGCUCCAGACCUGCGCCACGGUCGUCUGCAGCACCAAAAACGCCGACGAGCAGAACAUCAUCUGCGUCAACUAUGUCAUAAGCAAUCGGGAGAACGAGAAUCUCAUACUGGACUGCUGCCAGCUGGAGCCGAGCGUGGACAGCAUCAAGCACGAGGAGGGCCUGGGCAACGACAAGAGCAGCGGCUCGCCCGGCGGCGAUGCGGCCGGCGAUGGCAAUGCCCAUCUGAGUGCGGGCGACAUGAAGCUGGGCCUCAGCUCGCCCAAGACCUUGGCUGAUGCGGAGGGGCAUACGCAGCGCAGCGGACGCGGACGCAAUGCAUCCGCGCACGGCAACAAUCUGAACAGCCUGGCGCUGAUCAAGGACAGCCCCACGCCGCUGGGCGUCGAGGUGGAUGGUGUGCUGCCCGUCACGGUGGCCACGCCCGUGCCGACGCCAGCGCCCGCCACCACAACAACAACAACAACGGCGGCGGCAACAACAACAAAGAGGAAGCGCAAGAGCAAAGCAACGCAGCAGGCCGAAGAGCAGCAGGCGGAGCAGCAGCAGCAGCAGGUGGAUCAGCAGCAGCAGCAGCAGCCGCUGAGCAAGCUGCCGGCGCUGGAGCAGCCGCGGGAUGCACAGCAGCCGCGCAGCCGCCUGCCCAGCAUGGUGGACGAGCAGCCGGCCGGAGCAGAUUCCGCUGUCAAGGAUCUGGAGCAUGCCAUGUCCAAGCAUCUGCCGUCGCCCACUGCCAACAACAACAACCAGCCCAGCACAGACUUCAGCGCAGAUGCCCUGAUCAAGCACCAGCACCAGCAGCACCAGCAGCAGCAGCAUCAGCAGCAGCAACAGCAGCUGCAGCAUGAUCCCAACGAGAAGAGCAGCACCAUCCAGUGGAUAGGCGCGCCCUAUCAGCAGCCGGCGCCGAUGCCGGCCACCGCGCUGCUCCGCCAGCUCUACGCCAAUCGGGAGAGCGUCAUCCGGGCCACGGCACGCCAGACGCCCACGGGCGUCGGUGUGGGCGGUGUCUUCUACGGCGAGCAGCAGGGCGGGCCGCUGCCGACGCCGCCGGGCAGCGAGUCCUCCUACGAGAAUCAAUAUCUGCAGCUGCAUUCGGCGGCGGCGGCCGCCUCGGUGACGCAUCCGGGCGGCCAGAAGGCGCCCGGCGGCAACUCGACGGACGCGUUCACCAAUCUGGUGUCCACCUACGGCGGCUACCACAGCUCCAUUGACUACCACAACGCGAUGACGCCGCCCAGCUCGGUGUCGCCGCGCGACAGCAACAACUCGGCCAAGGCGCCGGCGGCAGCCGCCCCGCCGCCGGGCCUGCUCGUGGGCAGCAAUGGGGGCUACGACUACGCGGACUCGCUGCGCGGCCAAUAUGCCACGCCCGUGGAUGGGGGCGCGCCCGCGUCGCUGCCACUGAAGCCGCAGGCGUAUACGGCGGCGAUGCAUCCGCAUGCGACGACCACAACGGAGGGCGGCGUCACCUACAGCAAUCUCGACCAGCCGCAGUACUUUGCGCCCCACUCGAGCUUCCAUCUGUACCACAAGGGCAGCCCGGCGAGCGCCUGGUACUCGACGCCCUCCUAGGCGCGGCACGAGCAGGCAGCCUUCGAGCUGCCCGCUUGCCAGCAAAGGCAACAGCAGCAGCAUCGCGAGGAGCUGGAGCAGCAGUCGGAUCGGUGGGACUUUGUCGGCGCACUCGGCAAGGUGGCGCGCAUGUUCUUCAAUGCGCGCAAGGGCAACCAAUAAGGGAAGGGCAGAGGGUGAAGUGGGGGCAGAAGUCUGGCUGGGAUUAGGUGUGAGCAUUAUGACAUAAAGUGAACCGUUGGGAAAAACAGGAAGGGAUCAAAGCUUCAUAUU